UAUCCAUAACGAUGUCGUCAAUGACCGUAACGGCUACACCAGCAACACAGUCAUCAGAACAAAACCUAACUACCUUUACGAGGGAAGAAAAGGCAACGGUAUUGAAUACAAGAAAUGAGUUUACUGCUACUGCGACGACACCUUCGACAACUGGUGGAUCAGGACCAAUUUCCAUAGCGAUGGCAUCACUGACACUAACGGCUGCACCAGCAACACAGUCAUUAAGACAAAACCUUAUAUUUAUUACCUUUACGAUGGAAGAAAAUGCAACGGUGUUCAUUACAAGAAAUGAGCUUUUUGGUAGUCCUAUCAGGCCUUCAACAACUGUUGGAUCAGGACCAAUUCCCAUAGCGAUGGCUUCACUGACUCUACAAAAAUCACCAGCAACAAAGCCACAAACCCCCCACACCAGCGAAGGAAAAACAGCAGUAUUGAGCACAAGCAAGGAGCUUGGUCUUGUAAACAUGUAA